ACCGCUUAUAAUAGUCUGAAUGUUUGCCCUUUACUGUUAGUUGGCGGGGAAAUGCAUAGCCGAGUCCAGAUACUGAACCCCGUGCACUGCCAUGAAGAUUCUCCUCACAGCGAACUCUCACCAAAGGAACAGAACUUGAUGACCAACUGGCCCCGAGUCACCCACCGCCCAAGAAUAUACACAACUUUACCUCGAAAACAACCAAUUACGUUUGAAGACGCCUCAUCUCGCGUUACCUAAAAGACCUUUUAUCGCCAAAGAGAUCCUUAUUCUAACUGAUCCUUGUAACAGGAGAAAUUUCAGACCAAAACCACACCUGUGCUGGCGUCUUGCACUGAAGCGGAAACAUUUUAAGAGAGAAUCAUGGAUAUAGCUGCCAAACGCGGUUUAGCUUUUGAUGUUCUCUGUAAGACCACUUGCUGGGCGCCGGCGUGAAAUAACACGGAAAGUUACCUCAAGUUGUGCCUUAAAGAAUGAACAUCAGAUUUACUGGAGACGUAAGCCCCGUAAGAUGAGAAGUUAAACUGUCUCUUGCCGCAUAUUUCGGCGUCUUGCAUAAGAGCUAUGUGAGUGCAAAAAAUCAAUCACGCGUGAAAAUUACGCAUACCUCGUUUUUCGCUGGAAUGGAUAUUAAGAUAAUUCUUGGGAACUUUGCUUUAUUGCCGUAGAGAGUUAUUAUUAACGUGGAAACAAAUCAACAGUUGUUAUCUAGACGACUGAAGGCUACAUUCUUGCACGUGGAAUCAUUCCUUUUCAUCGCCAAUCAAAAUCACUCUCGGCGCCAGGUAACUUGGAAGGGAAAGACGCAUUUUCUACGUACAACGGAUUUAUUUACCCGAAGAAAUGAACUCAUCACUCGUACAAAACUAUUGCGUUGCUAAAUACUCGUGCUGCGCGUGAACACUAACAGUUAGAUAAUACAACAUUUUUUUCAAUUUCUGUCCCAGUCGAUCUCUUAUUUCACCUGUUGGGUCAGGUAAACAAGUUUAAAGAGGCCAGAAAAGCCUAUAUGCUCAAGCGAAGACGGCUCUCUCUACUCGUGUUUGUUGAUUCCAAACAGGAAAGCUGGGAUUAUGUUUUAGAACGAAGGAGUGUCCACAUGAAAUGAAGUUUAAGCAGGGAUAUCGGUAUUGGAAGAGUUCUGUGACGGAGCCGUAAUUGUAUUCUGUACAUAUUUAAUUUAAAUAUUUACGGUAAAUCCGGCCUCAAGUACUCAUACCUAGGACAACACCACUACAGUAGCUUAUAAAUUCCAUCCGGCGAAAUGGCGUCCCAGCUCACGAAAGAAAUAAGUGACCAAUUUUUGGUCUGCAAAAUAUGCUUGGAACCAUACAAGCAGCCAAAGACACUGGACUGUCUUCAUGUAUUUUGUUCCGACUGCAUAGAGAAGCAUAUGGACGCUCAAAUGGAGCGGACAUCGUACAGGUACGCGUCAUAUAUGAGAAAUGUCUCGUGUCCGUUGUGCCGAAAACGUACAGACAUACCGAACGGAGGAGUCCGGAAACUGCCGGACAACUUCCUCGUCUCCAACCUCACCGAGAUUGUCAACAGGAGGAAGCCCAGUGCUGUUCCCCUCUGUGAUAUAUGCCACAAUCUGCAUUCUAAAAACAACGAGGCUGCGUCCAAGUGUCUUGAAUGUUCGAAACUCCUGUGUAAGUCCUGCGUUGAUCUCCAUACCCGGACUAAGGUGACGGCCCAUCACAGCCUCUGUGAUGUCGAGGUGGAGAAGGACAUUCAGUGUCAGAGUCAUCCAGAGGAACAGAUUCGCUUUUACUGUGAGCCUUGUCAGAAAUGCAUCUGUGUCGUCUGCGCAUUUCAAGAACACAAGGGCCACGAGGUGUCGUCAUUCAACGAAGGGAUGCAGCGGUAUCGAGAUUCUCUACAAACUUUGGUGCAGUCAAGCAAAGUUCGCAUCGAGCAAAUCAAAUCUCAGUUGGACUUCAUAGACGAUUGCGAUAACAACAAAAGAGAGGCAGAAAAAGCGAUAAGGGAAAUGACAGAGAUUUUUGUAUCUCGUGUUCGCGCUAGUGAGAAUCAGCUUAUAAAUCAAUUGAACGAUAUGUACGGCGCAGAACUCCUGGAAUUUCUGCAGAAGCGAAACAUGUUGCAAGAUAACCUCAACGGCUUGCAAAGCACGUGCAAUCUAACAGAAAUCCUCAUACAAAACCAAAACAUCGAAAUGCUACUGAUGAAAAAUGAUAUACAACAAAAACUCGAAUCUCUACUGAGAUCUGGCGUCAGAACACCGCCUGCUAAUGCGAAAAAGCACAUCUCUUUUAUCCCAGGCUGCGUAUCUCUUGGCCAUCUUUCCACAGACUGCGACGAAACAGAAUUAGCCGAGGGGAGAAUGGCGCUGCUUCCUAAAGGAGUCACGGUAGACACCCAGACGCCAAUAAUAACCAACAGUGAACAAGAAACCUCCAUGGGAAGUAGCAUGAUUGAGGUGCUAUCCCAUGAUAUUCACACCCAGACGCUACGCAGACGGCAGAAAGACCAGGCAACAGCGCCGGAAUUGCCGUUCACGUAUACCACGGGUACGAUGACCGCCCAGGCCAUAGUCCGCAGCUACGGCGUCGUGACCGACGAGCCCGACUUCAGACACAAGCGAAUCCAGACGGAGGAAUUCUUAGAGAGAGGGCAAGAGAGGCGGGACAGACGCAAUCGCGAUCGUUCCCUUUCCCGCGUUUCUCAUAAGGAAACGAAUACCGAACGCACCGCGUCGCAUGAAAAGACAACGUGUACUGAGAUCGUAGAACACAGCGAUCAAUCUACCUCAACGGCCGUCGUCACAGUGGACGCAUGGAUGUCAACAGCUAAGAUUAAAACAAAAGACGCUCAGACCGAGUCGAGACCAGAGACGGAAGAUAAAAAUGUGUCAAUUAUCCCUUCAUCUUGUCAUCAGAAAACGAUGACAGAUCCGGUUGAACCAUGGGACGCUGGGGCUAAGGAGACAGUUGACGCUUUUACAGAUAUGGUGUCGCUGCCGGAGACAAUUGAAGUUGGGACGGGGACCACACCCGUAGAGUGUACUGAUAAAUACGUGGACGCUUACCGCGGCGAACAGAAAGAUCAGAAUAGCAUGACAACCACAUGUUCGGUGACAAACAAAAAAGUUGGUACGAUACAGCGACAACUGAUUGAAGUCGGUAUCUCUAUGCCUCCGUUAAGAACUGCUGUUGCCGGCGUUUCUACGGAUGACUUGCCAUGGCCACCGAGGGCGGCAACGUCGGAUAAAGGCACACUGAUGGAUAUUCUGCCAGGAUUUGAUCAAGAGACAGUUGGCGUUGACGUAUGUACAAUGACAUCUCCUUCCGUAGAAAACAAGGAAACAUCUACAGAUAAACUUUCACUAUCAGAAAAGGCUGUGAUGACGCCUAAGCCACCAAGGGUUCACAGAAAAUGCGGCACCACUCGCGUACACACUGUUGAAACUGGCAUCGCAAUGCCAAAGAUAGUUAUGGUAGAUCAGGCCGUGUCGGCGGAAAUACCGCCUGAUAAACCUCCAGUCUCCGAUCAAGGGACUUCUACAGAAGUCGCAAGCCGUGAAAUCGCAACGGAGACGGCAAUGGGUGCUCCAGUAGACAAAGCGACAGGUACGAACAUUUCGAUGUCUGACAGUAGCACGGAAACUGUUGGUACAUGUUGCGUUGAUAUCGGUGUAGGAGACUCGGUGUUAAUUUACACAACCGAUUCCUCAGUUGGAGACGCAUCAGUCUUUACACAAGAUACGUCAGUGGCAACAGUGAACGCCAAAACAACUGACAGCGCCACUGCCACGCCCACACUGGAGACAAAAGACGCUCUAACAUUUACGGCGCCACCAGUGUGUUAUACAAAAGCCACAGCGACAGACAUAUUAACCGGUAUUGAUAAGCUGUGUCAAACACCAACUGUUUCUACCGUUGAAACCGGUACGUUGGUUGCCGCUGCCACCAAAGACGCAGAGACAUUUAUGCCUGUAAAAGAAAGUCAUGAUAAAGAGACACAUACAUUUGUAAAGCUUUCUGAUAGCGGUGUUGGUGACGCGUGUGUUUUAAGCCAGGAUUGUGCCACAUGGACACCAAUAUUUCACUCAGACAAGGAAACGGGUAUGGAUCUUCGGCCGAAAGAUGCCAGCACUGCAACAACGGCUCCCGAGCUACGCCAUUUUGGUACUGAUACCGUGAUCGAAGUCAAAGACGGCAGCACAAUAACUGAACGAGCAACUACAGCCGACGUCUCCACAGCAACUCCUCAUAUUACCCGCGCGGAGAAAUCUUCAGAGACGUACUCAACGCACCUUGACGUGGCAAGUAUAAGCACAAUGACAAAGAUUAGCACCAAGGACGCCGCGUCCGACUCUUUCCCCGUGUCUGUGGCGAAUAAGGCGACCUAUGUCCAAGUUGCUACUCGGGAUACAAUGGUUGGUGAUGGUCACGUUACAUCUCAUGAUAAACAUACGGAGGCAAUGGUGGAUACAGCGGACGGAGUUACGUGUACUGAAGCUGUUGGUAUUAGUGAUAUGGCAACCGACGCAUAUAAAGCAGUUGUUGUAGACACGGGUACUGCAACUGAGCAUGCAGAAUUAACUGAUAAAUCGUGUGGUUCUGAAAUAAUGUUCAGUGAAAAGUUUACCGGAACAGAAACAACAGAAAGCUGUGACAAGCAAACGGGUAUGGAACAUAGGACUUACGCCGACAAAGCCAUACGAGCCUUGCCUCAUAUGAAACAUUGUAAAAUUGGAACGAAAGAGAAAGAUCUUGCGCACAAAGAGACUUCCACUAAUGUUAUUAUCGUUGACAAUGGAUGCGGUGAUGGCGUCAUUGAAUGUAAAGAUGCAACAACUACUACAACUCGACCUCAAUACUCAGAUUUUGGUACGGGGUCAAACAAUGUGAUAGCAACGUCCAAGGGUACAAAUACACGAAGAUUUCGUAUGGUAGAUAAAUCUAUCGUCUGCUCAAUGAGACCACUAACUGCCAAUUCUACAACCGGAAUGGAUGUCUUACAAACUGCGGAAGUUGGGGUUUUGACUGACAAAAAUAAUUAUGUGGACAAGAAUGUUGGCUGUACGAUAUCAGUGGUUGACUUUGGACAAGGGGAUAGCACCGUAAAUACUGCUUCCAUAUAUUCUCAAACACAAGAAAUUGUAGUUUCAACAUCUGACAAGGGAUGUGAAGCUACUGUAGAGAUGCACAAUAAAAAUGUUGGGACACCGCCUACUAUUCAAAGUGAUAUGUCCACUGCCACCCGCCCUAUUGUUACUGCUGACAGGUCAACCCUAACAAGACAGACAUCUUUCAUCGACAAGGAGUCAGACGCUUUCACCAUACCCAUGCCUAGCAAACAAACAGGCACAGACUUGCCUGAGACAUUUGACAAGGAAAGCAACACCGAUGAAAUAAUCACAGAUCCCGAAGCAGAAUUAUUAAUGGCCAAAGAAAUAAAGGCCAUGGUCAAUGGGUUCCAAAAAGAUAUUGGUGAGCACGAAAAGCCAUCCUUUAGUGACAAGGCUACAUCGGCCAGAGUAAGAACAAAAAGCAAGAGUACUACAUGUGACAGCGAAAUGAAUACAAGCAAUGAAUACACCCAGACCAAUGGUUUGGAGGGAAGGGAGGAUAAAGCAUCAAGUCCAAUCAAGUUCAUCUACUCCAAUGAUGACAUUUCCCUUACCAGAGAGGAUAGUUUGGAAGAAAUUUCGUUAUUGGCAUCAGUUUCGUCCAAAGUGGCCAUGUUUGAUCCAAACAAAGUCUCCUCUCCUGAGCAGGGGAAAGUACAACACGUGCACAGACGCCCAGACCCCCCAUCAACUCUGGACAUUGGGAAAUCAGAAAAGAGCACGUCCACUGAUGUUUUAUUCCAAGUAGAUCAGCAAACGUCACCUAUUGGGUCUCCAACAGACAAGUUAAGUUUUGUGAUGAAAGUUGAUAAAGACGUCUCCAAGUCGCUUGUUUUGACGAGAGGCAAGGGCGGUCAGACAGCACAAUUUACUGCAAGUGUGAAAAAGAAACAAAUGGUGGAAAACAGUACAAUGACAGACCCACUCGUAUUUCCCAGUGGGUUUGUAUAUCCUUCAUACGAGGAAAGAGAUGACAAGGAAAAUGUAAUUCCUUAUACCUCUAAGAAAUUUAUUCAGAAUCGUUCUGUAGGAACUGGAACUUUACCUGUGUCAGCUGAGAAACUCAGAGAUUUGGACAAAAGUAAUCACUUGAUAACUCAGUCAGUAUCCACUCAAACUGCACUGAAGAAACACAGGAAAGCUGACAAGUGCGUGGGGACAGAUAUGCAAACUUACAAUGGUGAACUGACAAAAUGCAUCAGCAAGUUGAAAAACGUCACUCAACGCUUGGAGUCCCCCAAGCAACAACCUUUAGCGAGAAGCCAAAGACUAAACAUCAACCAAUUGCUCUCUGAUUCAGAAUCAAUGGAUUCUUUCAGUAGUGGCUCCUCCAAAGGCAGAGGGUCAUUGGGUGAGAUGGAGGGUCAUACUAAGGAAUCCUUGUUAGUAUCCCCUGAUCACCAAGAUUUGCAAGAAGGAAGCCCUGCACAAUCCUCUUCACUUGAACACCAUACAGAGCAAGGCCAACAAUCUGCAGCCAGCUCCUCACCAUCAGGUCCUUCCAGUACGACCUCUUCCUUUGCAAGAAAAAAGCUUCAUGAUAUGCCAGAGUCACAUUCUAAAGACCUUGAAAGACUGCAGAGGCUCACUAUGAUGCUGAAGGACAUUGAGGCCUACAAGAAAAAUACAAGUGAUACUAGUAGUCAUGAAGGAACACAUGACAUAUCACUGGAUGAUAGCAGUUCCCAGGGUCACCAUUACCCAUCACAGCCACAAGCCUCCUCAACUAGCAGUGUUCAAGACAUGAGCAGAAUAACAUUCAAAGAAAUGCCAACUUUUAAGGCCAAAUUAGGGAGAUAUCCCAGGGUUUCCCCAGAACUGAGUAGGUCGCCAAAACCUACUGAGGCUAGCCCUGAGUCGANGGAAAUGGGGGUGGGACAACCUUUUUGA